GCGCGGCUACAGUGUGUGAAAGUUCCAGGGCGGCUCGCCACGUGUGAGGGGCUGGAGGCGGCGCGGUCGGUCGGUCGGUCGGCGCCCCCCAUGGAGCUCGCCUGCUACACGCAGCAUCACCCCUUCCACUGCAGCCUGAUGGGCUCGGAGCCGUACCAGCCUUUCCCCGCUGCCGGGGCCGCCCAGCCCAAGCCGAGCCGGGCCAGAGCCGAGCCCCCGCAGCCGGCACCGCCGCAGCCCAGGGCGGCCGAGCCCACCCGGAUGAUCGCCGACCCGCUCAAGGGCAGGCUUUACUGCAAGGGGCGCCUGCUGGGCAAGGGCGGAUUUGCGAGAUGCUAUGAAAUGACAGACGUCAACAGCAACAAAACCUAUGCAGUGAAAGUUAUUCCUCACAGCCGAGUGGCUAAACCACACCAGCGGGAGAAGAUUAUGAAUGAGAUCAAGCUGCACAGAGACCUGCAUCACAAGCACAUUGUCAAGUUCUCGCAUCACUUUGAGGAUUCGGAGAACAUCUACAUCUUCCUGGAACACUGCAGCAGGAAGUCCCUGGCUCACAUCUGGAAAGCCCGGCACACGCUGCUGGAGCCGGAGGUGCGGUAUUACCUCAAACAGAUCAUAUCAGCCUUGAAGUACCUCCAUCUCAAAGGCAUCCUCCACCGGGACCUCAAACUGGGCAACUUUUUUGUCAAUGACAACAUGGAACUGAAAGUUGGAGACUUCGGCCUUGCUGCCCGGCGUGAGUCUAUGGACCAGAAGAAAAAGACGAUAUGUGGCACCCCCAACUACCUCGCUCCUGAAGUGCUCCACCGGCAGGGCCACGGGCCGGAGUCAGACGUGUGGUCUCUGGGCUGUGUCGUGUAUACCUUGUUGUGCGGGAACCCUCCUUUUGAGACCUCAGACCUCAAGGAGACGUACAGGUGUAUCAAGCAGGUGGAAUACACCCUCCCGGCCUUCCUCUCCACGCCAGCGAAGCAGCUGAUCAUGGGCAUCUUGAAACGCAACCCGCCCGACCGCCUCACGCUGGAGGAGAUCCUGGACCACGAAUUCUUCACCAAAGGGUACACACCUGAUAAGCUCCCACCCAGCAGCUGUGUGAUGGUGCCUGAGCUGAGUCCUCCCAACCCGGCAAAGAAUCUGUUUGCAAAAGUCACCAAGACGCUAUUUGGGAAAAAGAAACCCAAAAUUAAGAACGGCCCCUCUGAAGAGAAGGAUGACAUCUCCAAGUUGGUGGUUGGGCUCAUGAAGACCUCCAUCUGCAGGCAGAUGAGCUACAAAACCAUGGAAGGGAAUGAGGUGACCCCCUUGACAUGUCAGAGCGCCAGCUGCAGCCCUGUGGAGACGCUGGCAGAAGAGGGCUCGCGGAAGUCCGUCUCCAGGUCCAUUAGGGGGACAGCAGCCAGCAGCUGUGAAGCAUUUGAAGAGUGCGUCACAGCCUCUGCUGUCACUGAAUCUGCCAUCGGGCUUCUGAAGAGCUGCCUGUCCUCCAUGCCGCCAGCCCAGCGGAACCCUGCCUCUCUGGCUUGCCAGGAGCACUUUGCCUGGGUGAGCAAGUGGGUGGACUACUCUAACAAAUACGGCUUCGGCUACCAGCUGUCCAACCACCGCAUCGGGGUCCUCUUCAACGACGGGACGCACAUGGCUCUGUCGGCCGAUCGGAAGAUGGUACAUUACAACCUGACCAACAGCAAACACUUCGCCUUUCCCAUGUCGGCCAUCCCAGAGCAGCUGCAGAGCCAGACGAGCGUCCUGCGGUACUUUGCCUCUUACAUGGAGCAGCAUCUCAUGAAGGGGGGAGACCUGCCCAGCAUAGACGAGAUUGAGCAUCCUGCUCUGCUGCUCUUGCAGUGGGUGAAAACUGACCAGGCCUUGCUGAUGCUCUUCAGCAACGGAACGCUCCAGGUGAACUUUUACAAUGAUCACACCAAGGUGAUCCUCAGCAAGCCAGACCAUUCCUGUCUCCUGACCUACGUCACCAAGGACCGCAGCUCCUACACGUACAAGCUGAGCAGCAUCAGGGAGCUGGGCUGCUCUCCAGAGCUCCAAUACCGGCUCAAGUACGUCCUCAAGCUCCUCCAGGAGAGGGCUGACACCUAAGCUGGGGCCGUGGGAGAAGCCUCCUUGGAUUCGAAAGCCUUCCCCCGUCGUGUCAGUGGAAUGAGUGACAGCUUUGGCUGCCCACCAGAACUUUCCUACCCAGCUAAAUAUGGCUGGGCGGAAGGAACUUAGAUAGAGGCCUCUGGAUAUUUUGGCUUAUCAGCAGCUGGCCUCAGCAUCCUUCAUCUUCUGAUGCCUGCCAGCUGUUUAUACUGAAAUCAUUGCCGUGGCGUUCGUCAGCUGACUGCUUCAAUCCAUGGAGGAGAAGGGGAGGUGUGUGGGGGGUGAAGUUACAUGUCAUGUUUACUCCUGUGUAAUCUUUACACAGCUUAAGUUGUGCACGUGGUUGGGUAGGGGAAUCUCCGGGGGACAGCUCUUCCUUCUCCUCCCAAGCUGAGCAAGCUGAGGAGAGAAGGAACAAACCUGACUUUUAAGGGAGAGAAAAAUCUUUGUCCAGUGUCUAAAUGCCUAAAUGUUAAGAGCCCCAUGCCUGUCCAGAUUGGUGUCCUCUCCUGGCCUCGGGGCUGGGGCAGGGGGAGCGGAGAACCAUGCUCCAUGUGGGCUUGGUUAGAACCUCCCUGCUCCCGCCCUGCCUGGCCCACGUGGGGGAGGCUCCUAGUGAAACCUGCCCUGGCUGGGGUGAAGUGGACGCUGCUUUGAGCUCCUCGGCAGCUCUGCUGGCUUUAUGCUGAGCUGCUACCCUAAGGGACUCGCCAUGUCCCUGUCUGGCCCCGGGGUGGGCAUGGGAUCUUAGCUAAAGCCAGCGUCUUGCUUAAAGGCCUGAGAGCUGGAUGGGGGCCGGGGCCACCCAGGAGGGGUGGGAGAGCCCGCUGUGCUGUGAGGCAGCCCAGCCUAGGCGCAGACGGCCCAGGAAAUACUUUACUGAACUUGAAAAGAUCUGAGCUUAAUGCUCAGGGUGCAGCAGGAGCCUGAUCACUACGGCAGGAGGGGGGAAUGAUGGUGCCUGUGUGCUCGCUCGCUCUCUGAGGGUGUUGCCAACUUACCACUGCCAAGAGCUCAAGGCAGAGCCUUUGUCAGCCCAAGCUGGCCCCCCUUCUGGCCAUGUGUGGGGAACGGGAGACCUGCAGAAUUGUUACACUAAUGAGGGGGCGGGGUCCCCCCCCCCGUGUGCUGGGGCUCGGUGCGGGCGCAUCCCCUGCUUGUCUUACAGCUUGCGCCAGGGAAUGGGACUUGCCACGGUACGGACCCAAAAUGCUUUAACAAGGGACCCGACGAGCCCUCGGCCAGCUGGGACCUAAACAGGGUUGAUUUUUGUUGUUGUUUGUUCUUGUUUCCAAACACGGGUGUGUUGGCCUGAUGAAAUUAUUUAUGUAUUUGUAUUUAUAGUGAAUUAUUUAUUUCUCCCUUGGUCUCCUGUCUGUGCAGGGCCCUGUGUGCUCCGUCCCUCGCUCAAUAAUAAAAGGGUUCCUUUUAUAAAACA